GUGCCAGGAGCUGUACUUUGAGAUGAUGGUUCCUCUCGGAUCGCUGCCGGCCGCUCAGUUCUUUUACUGGCUCGGCGUGGCCACCGUGACCUGGCUGUCACUGAAGGCCGCCUUCACGCUGCUGAAUGGGGCGAAGGCCUUCGUGUUUGGAAGCGGAAUCAGGCUGCUCGAGUACGGCCGCUGGGCAGUUGUUACAGGAGCAACUGAUGGAAUUGGGAAGGCUUAUGCAAUAGAGCUUGCCAAGCAUGGUAUGAAUACAGUCCUUAUCAGCAGAUCCCAAGAAAAAUUGGACCAAGUUGCUAACGAAAUAAGGGAGCAAUUCAAAGUUGAAACUAAAACUCUUGCAGUGGAUUUUGGAGAAGGAACUGAAAUUUACAAGGUUAUUGAGGCUGCCCUGGCUGGACUAGAAAUUGGCGUUCUGGUGAACAAUGUGGGAGUUUCUUACGACUACCCAGAAUAUUUCCUGGAUAUUCCUGAUCUUGAUAAUGUUAUCAACAAGAUGAUAAACGUCAACAUCAUGUCAGUCUGCAAGAUGACUAAGGUGGUAUUGCCUGCGAUGGUGAAGCGGUCAAAAGGCAUCAUCCUCAACGUGGCAUCAGCCACUGCACUGUAUCCUGUUCCUUUACUGACUCUCUACUCUGCCACCAAGUCUUUUGUGGAUUUCUUUUCGCAAGCGUUACAUAUUGAGUACAAGAGCAAGGGAAUCAUUGUCCAGAGUGUGCUGCCAUUCUUUGUAUUUACAAAGAUGAGUAAAAUCCGAAGGCCAACUCUAACGGCACCGAGUCCUGAAACCUAUGCGAAGACUGCUUUAAAAACAGUUGGUCUUCAGAUGCGAACAAAUGGCUAUUUACCACACGCCAUUAUGGGUUGGCUUGUGGCAUCUGUACUUCCAACAUCUCUACUCAUUAAGCAGACCAUGAAGAUGAACCUAGGAUCCCGUGCUCGUCGCAUGCAGAAGAUGAAGAAGAAAGGAGAUUGAUAGGAUUUGCCUGCCAACCAACAAGCUCAAGAAAAAAGUGAUUCUUUGUCAUAUACAGCAACAAUAAAUUUCUUAUUUCCUGCAAGUCACGAAUCAUGAUUGAAGCAAAUUUCUUUUAUUUUCUCAAAGAUCAAAUCGGGAUAUUGAAAACAAAUUUUUCUCUCUAUGCUGCAAUGUUCAUUGAAAAAAAAAUCCCUUUAGGGUUCAGUGACUUGUGUUUGUUUACUUCGUUUUGGUAAAGAUUCUUUAAUACUGUUCACUAAUCUUAUACUGAUAAGUAGAGUUCUGUGUAAGCAUUGAAGUAAUGAAACACUUUGCUAUGUUCUGGCUUUAGAACUGGAAAAAUUAGUCAACACUGGCUUGUACUGCUCUAAAAGUUAUCAAUUCUAAACAAUACAUGCAACACUAUUUGUGCUGCUGAGGAGAUAAAACUGUUUUAAAAGUAUCUUUGAAAGAUUCGACUUUUUCACCUCUUUGAGCUUAUGACUGCUCCACCAUUCAGUGAGAUCAUGGCUGAUCUAACAUUCCUGUCAUGGAUUUAUGAUCUUCAAAAUCUACUGGUCAGGUACUUAGGCAUAAAACAAUGCAGUUAUGAAAAUAGGGUUUAAGCAACUUAAUUCCUUGAAAUUAAAAGCAAAUGUUUCCAGAAUUUACUUUCAAAACAAAACCAUGGCAGAUCCAAGAUGGAGUUAAUCAGAAGAGAUAACUAAUGUGAUAAACCAAGGCUUAAUCUAUUUUUUUUUAACCAAAUAACAAUGAUGAGUGAUGAUCCCAGGACAGAGUGCAGUCUGUUUUUUUUUGACACCUUGGAACAUGACUAACACAAUUUGAAUCAUGUAUGUUUACAAUAUAACCACAUGUAUUCUCCUGUGCACUGUAAUCAAUUGUUCUCCAAAAAGCUUGUUGUAGUUAACUCCUAACGUACAUGUACAUUUAAUGCAUUUUCUUAAACUGGGGGUUAAAUACUCAAUUUGUGUUCUUGGUACAUCCUGGAUGUAAACACCACAUUUUUGUUUUGUAUACUGCCUGCUCUUGAGAUUCCAUGCAUUCAUUUUUCAUGGUCCAACAAUCGUAGGUUACAGUUUAUUUUCUAAUGUCUGUUUGCUAUAACCACAAAGAACCAACUGGCAUGACUUUAAAGAAUUAAGUUCUAUUACUGUAUUUGAGGCGAAUUAUUAUAAAAUUGUGACAAACACCUAUUGGUAUACUUUUACUGAUCGGUAUAUCUGAUUUCAGUGCAGUUGUUGCCAACUGUAUUCAAACUAUCAAACCGUUUUGAUACUGAACAGUUAAUACUUACUAAUUACUCAAUGAGGUACUUUGGGUAGAUUUAAAAAUUACCUUUAAACACAUCUGAUUUGAAUCCUAUGCAGUAGUCAGUCAUUACCUAGUUUGAACAAUGUUUUCUAUCAUCUGGGAAGAUGGUUCUGGGCAAAAUAACAUUAAAUGAUAGAAUCUAAAUGUUAUUUUCCCAGACGUGAUGCUUGUGAAGCAUUUCAUAUUUUAGGCCCAACUUCUUCAACUGCACGACAAAAGUGAGGAGCUCUGAAAAUACGUAUUACUGGUAUCCAAACAGUCAUGCAUGUUCCCAAAUAUGACCUUAAAAGCAGGUUGGACAUCAGCUUAAGGGAUUCAUUCCACUUCCAGAUUUGUGUCUUAGAUUUCACAGUCAAUCGUCUAUAAGACUAGCCACUAGUAGCUUUGUAUUUCGGGGACUAAAGUAAUGCAUGAAAACAGAUUUUAAAAAUGCAUCUGUAUAAGAUGAUUGACAGCAGUAAACACCUACUCCUCUGGUAGUUUUGUGGCUAUGUGAAGCUGUUUUUCCAAUAGUUGUAUAGGUAAGCAAGUUUCUACAACCAAAUUAAUUUGAUUGGAGUUGGUUUAUAAAAUAUCUUGUUCCACUUUUAUUAAAAACUCCAAUUAAACACAUUCAAAAUCAUCUUAAGCUCUGUACUUGCAGUUGCUCGUAGCAAGAGUUUUUCCUGUUUUUCAUAUAUGCUUGCUACUGAGUGUUUUUGAAUAGUGGUUAUUUUUUUCUGAGAAAGACCAGGCUUGAAGAAGGCUUUAUAAAUUCAGCGCACACUGGUUCUGUGUUGAGUCUUGCCUGUACAGAGUUCUUUAGCUGUCUGGAAUUGCCACCAGACAAUUUGAAUUGAUCAAUUAUGAAUUAAACUAGCUUCAUUCACAAUUAACAUUCCAAAGGUGAUGGUUACAGAUUGGGUUGCUUUAGAAUUGGGUGUCAGAAAAACAGUUACUAAUUGGCAUUCAAAUUAUGUAAUUGGCCAAUGAAGAUUGCCAGUUUCUAAAUACCUGUUGCCAAUUUUAAUGAAUUUGGUCUGAAAUAUUGGGUAGUGAAUGGGGGUGGGGGAGAAACUGGUGGUUUAUGAUAUGGUCCUGAGCCAUUUGGUGGGUGGGGAAACCUAUUUUGGAGUGAAACAAGACAUUUUGUUUUUAAAUUAUUUGUAUAAGUCAACAUAAUACAGCUUUAAAGCUGACUUCUUAUUUUACAAACCUUUAUUUCUGGGCUAUAUUUAGUCCCAGGUUCUAUAUGAUUAAAAUUGUAGGUCCUGAUUUUCUGCAUUUGACUCAGAUUAAAAGUGUUGAGGAUCAAAAAAAUAGCCCAUGCAAUCAAAAUGUUAUAUACUUCAGCCAACUUUUCUUUGCAGGAUCUGAUGGUUGCAGUAUCAGUUUGCCUGCUCAUAUACAUGACUCAGGAUCCAUUUAUACCCCAGGUUUAGUGUCAGUGUAAAUUUUCCCCUUGCAACAUUAACAGAUGUAAUGUAAAUCAUGCUUGGAGAUCUGAAUCACUACAACACACAACUUCACUACAGCAUCUUUGUCAUUACCUUGGAUUAAUGCUAUAUCUAUAAAUGGAGCCUCAAAGUUCCAGCUGAACUAUAAAUGGACUCCAAAUGCUUUAAUUUUCAUGUUUAACUAUGGCUUGUUUGUGCAUUUUGCAUUCCAUACCAAAUGCUGGAAACACGUUCAGAUAUAAAUUGGAGUGGUGAGGAUGCCACAUCUCCUAACCCUCCAUCUCCUUGGUGGUCUAAGUGAAUUUGAGAAUAUGAAUAUUGAAAAUAAAAUGUUUAUGGAAGUUUCAUCCAGAUGUGUAUAUCACCCUUUCUAUGUACGAUUGACCAUAAAUUUGAACAGAAGAUAAGCUGUCAUACUUUUAAACAUCAAUUUGUGUUUAUUACCCAGUUUCUUAGGCUUUGGAGGCUUGUUUUAAAAAUAGAAUACAAUAUGUUGUACAUUACAAUUUGCUCAUUGCAAACAUGAAAGAUAACUUGGUGACUUGAUUAUCUCUAACUCCUAACCCUAAAUUUACCCCAUCAGGUCAGCAGAGCAUGCAGUUUAAUUGGGGAUCAUUAUGGCUUGCUUACUGUUGUGUAAAAAAAAAAUCUAGUGGCAUUGAAAGUUCGCGAUAUUUUUGAACAUACAAUACCGAUACAAUGGUGCUGAACUGGUUAAGUAUGAAGCUUGUGUCCUAAUUUGCUUUAUAUGCAAACUUAGUAAGCUGAAUGAAAGUACUGUAGGAUUGUGUGGGGUUUCUUUGGUGAUAAGGUGCAAGAGAAAAGGUGAGAUGAAUUGUCUGUCCACUCAGUUGUGUGUUAAUUAGUAUUGCAGAACUUAAUUGCUUUCACAAUUCGAAGUGAUUCUGUUCAUUAAGUGUAGUGAACGAAUAAAAUUUUUUGUGAAAUUCUA